AUGUCUUCCGAGCAGACCUUCAUUGCCAUCAAGCCCGACGGUGUCCAGCGUGGACUCGUUGGCCCCAUCCUCUCCCGCUUCGAGAACCGUGGCUUCAAGCUCGUUGCCCUGAAGCUCACCUCUCCCUCCAAGGAGCACCUCGAGAAGCACUACGCUGAUCUCUCCUCCAAGCCCUUCUUCCCCGGCCUCGUCUCCUACAUGCUGAGCGGCCCCAUCGUCGCCAUGGUCUGGGAGGGUAAGGACGUCGUCAAGACCGGCCGUACCAUCCUCGGUGCCACCAACCCCCUCGCCUCCGCUCCCGGCACCAUCCGUGGUGACUUCGCCAUCGACGUCGGCCGCAACGUCUGCCACGGCUCCGACAGCGUCGAGAGCGCCCAGAAGGAGAUUGCCCUCUGGUUCAAGAAGGAGGAGCUCCAGAGCUACAAGCAGAGCCAGUUCGACUGGAUCUACGAGAAGGCUUAA